AACCACAUGUAUAUAUAUAUAUAUGGAAGGACAAAUUCUCACCUCAUGGGCAGAGUCCACAUACAGUGAAUCACACAAAACCUGGACUCGAACACGCCUCGUUCUAUCAACUUAGAAAGACCAUGCAUCUCAUUCUCACUGGGGCCACUGGCCUCGUAGGCUCUGCAGCUCUGGACGCGAUGCUUCGCACACCCACCAUCUCCAAAAUCACAAUCCUAUCGCGACGACCCGUCCCUUUCGCACAAGAGGCCUCGGAUCCCCGCGUAAACGUCAUUCUCCACCAGAACUUCAACCAGUACGACACGUCCCUACUGGAGCAGCUACAAGGGGCCAAUGGCUGCGUGUGGGCACUUGGGAUAUCGCAAACCCUCGUCAGCGCAGAAGACUAUGUGAAAAUCACCAAGGACUACGCGCUCAGCGCCGCGAAUGCAUUCGAGAACAUCAAGCCUGACGAAGGCAAAUUCCGCAUGGUGUAUGUGUCUGGCGAGGGCACGACGCAUAACCCUGGGCGAUUCACGCCCAUCUUUGGCCGCGUUAAGGGGGAGACUGAGAAGGAGCUCGCGGCCAUCUCUGCGCGCGGCACCAUCCAAGUCGACUCGGUGCGGCCAUCCUUUGUUGACAAGCAGGGUCACGAGGCCAUCUUACCCUAUGUGCCCGCGGUGCCAUUCUCUAUGAAGGCCAUGGUGGCCGUCGCCGGACCGUUCAUAAGGGGCUUCAUGCCGAGCCAGCACUCGCCGACGCCAAUGCUGGGCAGGGGAUUGGUGGACAUGGCCAUGGGAAAGAUGGAGGGCAAGUUUGAGGGCAAGGGCGUGGAGAGGGUCGGUGGCUCGUGGAUCGUGUCCAACAUCGGAUUCAGGCGGAUGGUGGGUGCUUGACUGGGGGCUUCAAUUCCACGAUGAGGGCUAGUCUCUCAUGCCUUCUGUCAACAUCAUGAUCGUAAUGUGUUGAAUGCGUCUGGGAGGAUACGCGACGCGUCUGUUGAUCGGCCACCAAGAGCAAGCGGAGCGGGAGGCAAAUGGCAUCUAUCGCGCGCAAUUCCAGUGCGAGUGGUGUCGACGAAGACUAGCCACUUGGCAAGGGAGUAUAAUUCGCUAGAUGGAGAUUAACAUUGAAGGGAUGCUAAUGAACCUGGAAAGUAACUACUCCAUUAAUAAGGCGAGGUGCAACAUGUACCAGG